AGGGGGGCGGCGGCCCUGAAGGCGCCUUUUAACUGCGCAUGCUCUGUUCUUGUUCUCCCCCCUCCUCUGUUGUUGGUUCUCUCCUGAUCCAACAUUUUUUUUUUCCUGCUGACUGAGUGUGAUUUUAAGGACAGAUACAUGAGGCCUCCGUGCGCGUCUUUGUUUGUCAGGAACAUCGCCGAUGAGUCCAGGCCUGAGGAUUUGCGGCGUGAGUUUGGCCGCUAUGGGCCGGUAGUGGAUGUCUACAUCCCACUUGACUUCUAUACACGUCUGCCAAGAGGAUUUGCAUACAUUCAAUUCGAGGACGUGCGCGAUGCAGAAGACGCUCUUCACAGCCUGGACAGGAAGUGGGUGUGUGGCCGGCAGAUUGAAAUCCAGUUUGCGCAGGGCGACAGAAAGACGCCCAAUCAGAUGAAGUCAAAGGAAAGACACUCUCCGGGCGGCAGAUCGUCUCGAUAUGACGACUACGAUCGAGACGGCCGGCGCAGGCGAUCGCGCAGCCGCAGCUACGACCGAUACCGAUCGCGCAGCCCUUCUCACGAUCGCCGGCGCAGACGGUCCGAGAGUCCUCGAGAGUCUCGUGGACGAAUGUAUGGAAGAGGAAGGAGCAGGAGCCGUGAGGAUGAAAGGUACAGGCAGCGGCCGAGGAGAGAAUCCAGAGGAAGAUCGCGCUCCAGGUCCGCGUCGCCACGGGAAAACGUCAACCCGCCUUCGACUUCCCAUUUCGCCGAGGAGGAAGUGCGAGGCGCACAUGCCCCCUCCCACUCCAGAUCCCGGUCUGUAUCGAGGUCGCGCUCUCGUUCGCGCUCUCGGUCCCGAUCAUGGGCCGGACGGAAGUCAGGAGGCCGCUAGAAAAGCAUCUGCUCCCCCCUUUCCGACCCUUCCUUCCAGCAAACGGGACCAGAACUGGUCAUUUUUCAAGAAAAGAUUUCUGUUUGUUUUUGACAUGAAUGUAACGUCCAUUUUUUCUUUUUUUUUGCAGCUCCAUUUUAAGAAUGAUGCGGAUCCUUUGCUUGUUUUUAUAAAGUUUAUUUUUAGGUAAUAUUUCCUGAACAACGACGCAUCAUGCGGUUACGCUGUUCAGUGAUAGUUGGGCCACAAAUAAUCUGUAGUCUUUUUUUUUUUUGUAUAGUUACUGAUCAUUUUGUUUUCUAAACCCUAUGCACACAUUUUUGCAAAAAAAAAGUUCAGUAUUGUAAAAGGAACCAAGUCUGUUGACGAAUCAGACACGUGUGUUUUACCACGAGUUCUCCUUAGCUCAUUUCUUUUUUUUUUAUACAUAUAUCUUUCAUGUGACCAUUUAUUUCUCAAUAAGAAUCAACGUAAAACUUCCUUGACAUCCAUAAUCCAUGACCUUGAACGUUAUUGAAAAUAAUCAUCAACUGUCACCAUCGGUUACAGAAUCACAGCUGAUCAUCCAUUACAGAAUCAUCCUGCAGCAGUAAUAUGACUUCAACUUAAAGAAUUACUCCUUUUUAUAUAAUAAUGCUAAAUUCUCAGGCUGCCUGGAAGGAAGGAAAAAAGAGAAAGAUGAAAAGACGAGUGUGUGUUGGCAGUUUGGGGCCGUGAACACGUCGAAACGCUAAUAUCGUCCUUUUUUUAAAAGUGUUAACAUAUUGUCAACCGGAAGCUGUUUGUAAUGUACAUUAAUCAGUUUUAAUCUUUUGGUGUAUUUCUCUUCAUAUUGGAACAUUUUCUCAAAAAUUUGGUUCUGAGCGGAGGAACGGACGUUUUCUCGUUGGUGCUUCAAACGACUGUGUUGGUAGUUUUUUCUGAAUGGCUCUUUGUCACAGCAUGUUUUACCCUCCCGAUCUUCUAUCAUCAGUAGAAAAAAGAAACUGUAAUUUUGAGUAAUAAACGGAUAACAUCCAGUUACAAA